GUGGUAUUUCAAUUACCAACUCAGUCUUGUACCAUCAUCAUGGCUUCCAACAGCAACGAAACAGAAACGCAGACAGUCACCGUCGUCGCGCCAAAGACUCAGAAAAAGGCGAAAAAGUUGACGAAACCAGCGCGUAAGCAGGUCAAGCCGGGCGAAGUGGAGAAGAAAGAGACGCCUCAGACGGGGAAAGAAUACAACAUCUGGUACAAUAAAUGGGCUGGAGGCGACCGUGAGGAUAGCUACUCCAACAAAGUAAAAUCCCAAACAAGAUGCAACAUCAAGAAAGACUCGGGCCUGACUCGUGCCAACCUAACUGGAAUGAAGUACUGCUGUCUCUUCUUCGCCCGUGGCUGUUGUCCUUAUGGUUGGGAAUGCGAAUACUUGCACUGUCUCCCCGAUCCAGAGGACGCGCUGCCUGACAGCUCAAAAGACUGUUUCGCGCGCGACAAGUUCGCAGACUACCGUGAUGACAUGGGUGGUGUUGGUAGCUUCAACAGGAUGAAUCGUACUCUCUACGUUGGACGGAUCAAGGAGACAGGCAAUGGCCUUGAGACGGAGGAAGUCGUUCGGAGGCACUUCAAGGAGUUUGGUCAGAUAGAGCAUGAUGAUUCUGAGACAGGGUGGGCAGUCAAGGUACUGCAGUACCGAAGUGUCGCCUUCGUCACCUACGUGUCUGAGCUGCACGCGCAGUUUGCCAAAGAAGCAAUGGCGUGCCAAUCUCUAGACAACGACGAGAUUCUCAAUGUUCGAUGGGCUACCGAGGAUCCUAAUCCAACCUCCAAGGUUUUGGAGAAGAGACGCCUGGAGACGAUGGGUCAAGAGGUCAUACGCUCCAAAAUGGACCCCCGUAUUGUCGAUGCUAUGAGGACAAUCAGAGCAUUGGAAGAUGGUGAUGCGCUUGACGAAGAGGGAAAUGUAGUGCAGGAAGAUGGAGAGGACAGUGAAGAACCUGAAAGCAAGCGUCGGCGGCUAGAUGUUGAAGCCCCUUCACCGUCACCUCCUCCGCCGGAGGCGCCGUCAAAACCAGUUGGGCUACUGAGCGCCGAUGUUAUGGAAGGUCUUAAAUAUUUCGCAGAGAUUCGGCAGCAGAAUGGCGCAUCUUUUGUGAAAUCUAGCAGUGCCCCAACAGCGCCAAUUGGAUUAAACCUUGCCGGCUACGGGAGCGAUGACGAGGACUAGAUGCAU